UCAUACGAGUUCAGUUCGUUGGGCGGAUGGGUGGCCACCCGGGCGUCCGGUAUGAAGAAAAACAUUUACGGCAACAUCGAAGACAUUCUGGUUCACGUGAAAAUGGUGACACCGAAGGGCACCGUUGAGCGCAACUGUCAGGUGCCCCGCAUAUCGUCCGGACCCGACAUUCAUCACUUCAUACUCGGUUCGGAGGGAACGCUGGGUGUUAUCACUGAAGUGACGCUCAAAGUGCGGCCGCAGCCCGAGUGCCAAAAAUACGGGUCGAUUAUAUUUCCCGAUUUCGAUACGGGAGUGGCAUUCAUGCGCGAAGUGGCCAAACAGCAGCUCAAACCGGCGUCCGUUCGGCUCAUGGAUAACGAGCAGUUCAUUUUUGGUCAGGCGUUAAAACCGGGCGCCGCGUCGAUACUGCAGUCAAUAGUGGACGGGUUUAAGAAGUUUUACGUGACAAAAAUCAAGGGCUUUGAUGUGAACCAAAUGUGUGUUUCAACGCUUCUCAUGGAAGGCAAUAAAGAGGACGUCGAGAGACUCGAAGAGAAAAUAAUAGCGAUUGCGGAACAAUUGGGAGGAAUGUCUGCCGGAGAAGAGAACGGACGGCGAGGAUAUCUACUGACAUUCGUUAUCGCAUACAUUAGGGAUUUGGGAUUAGACUAUGGAGUGGUCUCCGAGUCGUUCGAGACGUCCGUCCCGUGGGAUCGGUGUCUGGAUUUGUGUCGUAAUGUUAAGGAACGGCUCAAUAAUGAAGUGAAGAAAUACGUGACCACUAAACCGGCGCUCAUCACGUGUCGCGUCACUCAGACCUAUGACGCGGGCGCCUGUGUUUACUUCUACUUCGCGUUCAACUAUCAGGACGGCAUCGCCGGCGGAGAUCCGGUCCACGUAUACGAGACCAUUGAGACGGCGGCCCGAGAAGAGAUCAUUGCCACGGGUGGCAGUAUAUCGCAUCACCACGGGGUCGGAAAAAUACGUAAGCAAUGGCUCGAACAGACCAUUUCCAACGUAGGCCUGGGUAUGCUUAGGGCUGUGAAGCAAUACGUCGAUCCCGACAAUAUCUUCGCCAAUGGAAACCUCAUGAGUUGAUGGCCAUCGCUUUGACUGUCAGCCCUUACCCCACACCCAACCCCUCCUCAACCGAUGCAACUGUUCUUCUGUCGCAACCAUUUUACGUGUCUUUGAAUACAAUUUCAAAGCAUUAAAACGAUUGAAAAUUUUCAACUAAUUUAUUUGUAAUCACGAAACGGUC